AGGCUCUUCACAAUGUCUGCGAUGACAACCUGUGGACACCAGACAAUCCGCUAACCCCAGAGGGUGAACAACAGUGUCAGAAGGCACAUGAAGAGUGGGGAGGCAAAAUUUUCGAUAGCGCAGACUUGGUCAUCGUGUCGCCCAUGACGCGAGCCUUACAGACGGCUUAUCUCAUUGGAGGUUUGAAGCCCGACGAUAAGCGGAUCCUGGUGUCGCCUGCGUGUGCUGAGCAUCUCUCUGGUGCGACGUGCGACGAGGGUCGUCCAUUGGAUGAUGUUCGACGUGAUCUGCCCUGGGCACAAGGCUUUGCCGACUUGUCAGAAAAUUGGUGGACAGAGGAGCGGCCAGAGGAGGCAUUGCGUGUUGCUACUUUCUUGCGAUUCCUGCAGGAGCGUUCAGAACGCAGAAUCGUCGUCGUGUCGCACGGAGCUUUUCUUGGCUACAUUGUUGGAUACCAGCUGGAAAACGCACAGAACCACAUCAUGACUUUGGAAGAUUCUCUAACAGCAAAGAAGGCCUGCGAGAGAUCAGCCUUCAACAUCGGUUUUGCCGUCAUAAGACAGUAUGAAGAUGCACCUCUGAAGCGACUAGCCAAGGCGCCGCUGACUUGCCUUCAGGGUCUUGGUCGGAAGCAUGCUGCCAUGCUGGCCUCCCUGGGGCCAAAGACAGUCAAUGAUU